CCCUUAUUUAAAUACGCACAAAUUGCAAACAACUCAAAUCAAUUAGUCUGUGAUCACUCAAGAAUGGACCCCAUGUCAAGUGGGAAUUCGCUGCCGCCAUUUCUUAGCAAAAUCUACGACCUGGUGGAAGACUCCUCCACAAACGACAUCAUUUCCUGGAGUUGUGGUAGUAACAGUUUUAUUGUCUGGAAAGUCGCCGAGUUUUCGAGGGACCUCUUGCCGAAGUAUUUCAAACACAGUAACUUCUCCAGCUUCGUCCGCCAGCUUAAUACUUAUGGUUUUAGGAAGGUUGACCCAGAUCGGUAUGAAUUUGCAAAUGAAGGCUUUUUAAGAGGCCAGAAGCAUCUAUUGAAGAAUAUUAGUCGGCGAAAAUCAGCUCAAGGUCAUAGUCAACAACCAGCUCAACUUCAGAGCUCCACAGCUGGGGCAUGUGUUGAAGUGGGGAAAUAUGGGCUUCAGGAAGAGGUUGAAAUCCUUAAGCGGGACAAGAAUGUUCUCAUGCAGGAACUUGUUAGGUUGAGGCAGCAGCAGCAGGCCACAGAUCGUCAAUUGCAAACUGUGGGGCAGCGUGUGGAGGUGAUGGAGCAGCGUCAGCAACAAAUGAUGUCUUUUCUUGCAAAGGCCAUGCACAAUCCAGGCUUCUUAAGCCAGCUUGUACAACAGCAGAAUGACAGCAACAGGUGCAUUUCUGGUGGCAACAAAAAGAGGAGGCUGCCUAGACAGGAUGAAGAAAAUGUGGCUGGUGCAUAUAAUGCGGCUAAUGGACAAAUUAUCAAAUUCCAGCCUUCAAUGAAUGAGGCAGCUAAAGCCAUGCUGCACCAGAUCUCAAAGAUGAAUGCAUCUUCUAGGCAUGAACCAUCCGUGAGCAACCUUGGGUCUUUCCUGAUUGAUAAUGUUGCUUCUGCUAAUGCUUUGGACAGUAGGAGCUCCUCUAGUCAAAUUUCGGGAUUGACACUUGCUGAGGUUCCACCCACUUCUGGGCAGUCUUAUAUGUCAGCUGAAUCAAGAUUUCCUGUCAAUUGUCCAUCUUCUGCCAUGUCUGAGAUACAAGGUCCCCUUUGUAAGGCAGCAGACCAUGUCAAGGUGGAUAAAAUCCGAAAUACGAAUGUCCAUAUUGAUAGGGAAGACAAAACUUUGCCUAACUCUCAAUUACCAGGAAUUGUGCCUGAAAGUACUAUUGGAAUCCCUGAUGUGAAUUUUGUAUUGUGCGGAAAUGGGAAUGCAGAAAAUAUGGAUCCAAUUGCUGCAGUUUUGGAUGGUUCAAUGCCUGUAGAAGCUGGUUUUUGUUCCCCUGACCAAGAUGAAGACAUUUUGCCAGAUGGGAUCUCUAAGCUUCCAGGGAUUGAUGAUGUCUUUUGGGAACAAUUUUUCACAGCAAGCCCACAUACAGGAGACACAGAUGAGAUUAAUUCUAGCUCAUUGGAAACUGGCGUGAGCAAUGAGGGGGAACCACAGCUGGGGCAGGAGAAUGGAUGGGAUAAGAUUCCGCAUAUGAAUCAUCUUACUAAGCAGAUGGGUCUUCUUGCGUCCGAGGGCAGAAAGCUUUGAUGUCUUCCAUAAUGUGUAUAUGACCUUCAAGUUGUUCUGAGAGGUUGAAGUACUCCACCGAGGGCAUAGAGAGGGCUUUUAUCGAAAGGGAGAUGCCCCUUGAAGUUUAUGAAACACUUUUUUGCCAGUACUAUAUGUUCUUAAUAAGUUUCUUCGUGAAUCCUGGUCUUGGAACACUUAAAUAAUAUAUGCAUAUGAUAUAUAAUGGGGUUUACAUA